GGAUUGGAGUUAAUCUAUGAAUACCUGAAAACCAGUGCGUGGGGUCCAUCUCUUUGAUUCCAUUGCCAGCUUGAGGAUUACUCUGACCAUUUACUUUUGGGCCCAUCCAAACUAGCGAAGAGAUGAGGACAGCGCUGUGCGGAAGGAAGACUGUUGAAGAGAGAAACAAAAAGCUGCAACUUUUGGUGCCAUCAAACAGACGGCGAAUCGAAGCCCCGCUUGAACGAAAUUUUAGCCAAGACAUCCUUGCAGCAACCACACUCUACCCAUGCAUCGGUUCUAAAUUUCGGAUUUUCGAUUUAUUUAUGGGGUAAUUUUAUCCUUCCUGAUCUGCUUCCAUAGUUGCAAUCUUUGGGGUACAAAUCCUGGUUGAUCUACUCUCUUGGGUACAAAUUCUAGUUGAUCUACUAUCUACUCACUUCAAUUGAUGUGUUAAAAGAUUAUCCAGUCUGUUCAUCAAGCACGAUGGAUUUACCUGGUGAAAUGUGGUUAGAUAUUCUACUGCACUUGCCGGUGAAAUCGCUCCUGCAAUUGAAAUCCGUCUGUAAAUCAUGGUGUGCUUUGAUCGACAGCCCUCAAUUCAAAGCUAUUUAUCUUAGCCGUGCUAAAAACUAUGCUCUUCUUCUCAAGCGACCGCCCCUGAAGAAUACCAAUCGCUCUGCUUCUUACUAUAUCCAUUCCAAUCUGGAACCGGUUCGUGAUGCCACCAAGCCUGAUCUGCAGCACAUGCCAUUCUCACGUCACGCUAAUUUUUUUGGUGACACUGUUAUGCUUAUCUGUGAUUGCAACGGUCUAAUUUUCCUAGAAGAUGAUAACGGCAUGUACUUGCUAAAUCCAGCACUUCAGGAAGUCAGGAUUCUUCCUCCCCUGCCAAGGUCGUCGUUCAUUGGAUGUUACCUUGGACUUGGUUAUGAUUCUAACGCCAAUGAUUACAAAGUUGUUAUAUUGGGUGAGAAUCAAACUGCACAGAUGGCGAACGUGUACAGCCUGAAUAGCGACUCAUGGAGAGAGAUAGUCGCCCAAUUUCCAACUUGUGUGCUAGACGAGCGAAUUUUCCCUGUAUACUUCAAUGGAUGCAUGCACUGGAGUGCAUGCACGGUCGAAUUCGAUCCUACAAGUCCUAGAGUAGCAAGGAGGAGGAGAAGGGUAGUGCUCUUUUCGUUCGACAUGAGCACUGAAGUAGUCAAAGAGAUUGCGCUGCCUGAUUCUUUCAGGGGCGAAAACAUUCGUCCUCCUCGUCUUGGUGUUCUGAGAGAAUCCCUUGCACUAAUCUAUCGUCGGUAUGUUGGACUGGAAGAUCGUAUUGAUGUAUGGGUGAUGAAAGAGUAUGGUGUUAAGGAGACUUGGACAAAAAUGUAUUCAAUCGGACCUGGAUUUGACAACGUGUUCUGUCUGUGCUUUUGGAAGGAUGAACUCCUUCUGCAGAGGUGUGUUGGAGGACAGUUGAUUUUGACUUUGAUUUCACUUGCAGCAGGCCAUAAAUUCCGAACGUUUGAUGGGUAUGGUGAGUAUGACGACUCUGUAGUCGCCAUAGUUUACAAGGAAAGCUGGAUUUCAGUUAAGAGGUGUCACGAGUGUUUAGGUUUUGUGCAAAAGAGAAACAAGUACUUCCUACCCUGAGCACAUCUCAUUUGCUUGCAAAAGAGAAGAAGAGAAGUUCCCAUCCUCACUGCAUUUAAAUGAACUCUCCAUUGUAGAUUAUAUAGGAGGGGGAAUUUUCCUAGUUUUUUUUUUCAAAUAUUAUCUUUUUUUAAGGCUUUGGCAUGGCACAUAUAGAUAUGGACAAGAACAGGGUAAAAUUUUAUGUUUACAGUCAUCUCUGUUUUAUGUCUAAGUGGAAGCGUAAUGACUUUUUAUUCUUCUGUUUUAUGUUGCGGCUUUGUUUUGCCGUGUUUUGUCUUGCAGAUAUGUGAACAAAUCCAUGUUGUGGCAUAUAAAGCUUUCUGUAUUUCUCUUGAAUGUCGAACAUGUUUAUUAGAAAUUUCGUUCCAUUUCUUUGUCCCGCUAUUCCGUCAGUUUUUAUCGUUUUAUUUAAUCUUCAGAGAGUUACGGAUGAUGUUACAGUAUCUGCUAAAUCAAGAUUCAAACUGAAUAGGGCAAUCCUGGAAGCAAUACCUUAAAGAAACUGUCUAUUUUUGUUUCUUUUUCUAAUUGUUUUUUUAAUUUUAGAUCAUCACCGAAAUGGGCUGCUCCAGUCAUGAUUUUUGGGUUGUUUGGGAGGCAGGUUAACUGAUUGGAAACUGAAGGCCUGAUUGAUGUAGACUCUUCAGUCACUAAACUUGCUCUACAUGGUUGGGGUGGGGCCACCUGAGGGCGUGAUUGAUAUAAUGCUGUUUGAUUCUCGUCUUCAAGGGCAAUAGUAUUGGCAUAUUAAACGCAGCUUUAAUUGCCGUAAGCUUAUAAAAAGAGCGCGGAAGGGCCUUUCCUCUGCGGUCCACCGAAUGAACGGUGCAGAUAAUGCUCACAACAUGUUCGACGAAAUUCCGAAACUUUAUCUUAUUUUCAUGACUAAAGAGGCUUUGAGAUUCUUCGCUUAUAGUCUUCAAAGAUUCAAAGCCUCAAGAAAGUUUCCGGACCGCCAUGACUUCAACAAGUCUCUCCACAGCCUCACACGGUCCAACUGCGGCGACCUCUCAUUGAAACUCCUCGUCACCUUUAUUUCAAAAGGCUACUUUCCUCAUGUCUCAGCCUUUAACUCUGUCAUUUCAUACUUCUGCAAUCUGGGAUUUCCUGGUUCUGCUCAAAAGUUGAUAAAUUUGAUGCCAAAACUUGGUUGUUUGCCUGAUAUAGUUAGUUACAAUUCUCUGAUUGAUGGGUACUUGAGAAAUGCUGAUGUUGGUGAUGCUUAUUUUAUGAUGAGGAAAGUUUGUAGUGGGCUGAUGAAUGUUAGGCCUGAUUUGGUUACACUUUUAACGCAACGUUUAAUGGGUUUUGUAAGGUUGGAACGGUUGAAGAGUUGCUUGCGUAUAUGAGUUUGAUGUGGAAAGUUUGUGUACCAAAUGUUGUAACUUAUGGUAUACUUGUUGACAUGUAUUGUAAAAUGAAUAACGUUAAUAUGGCCUAUAGGGUGUCUAAGGAUAUGAAGAGUAGUGGGGUUUUCCCAAAUUUACAAAUCUUUACUUCUUUGAUUGAUGGGAUAUUGUAAGGAUGGUGAAUUGGAAGUUGCAUUGGGAUUAUACUUGGAUAUGCGCAGGAAUUCAGUUUUUCCAAAUGUGGUUACUUAUUCAGCUCUAAUUGAUGGUUUUUGUAAACGGGGGAUGCUGGAAAAGGCUGCUUAUUUGUUUUCGAGGAUGUUGGAAGAUGGGGUUGAACCUAAUAUUGUUGUAUAUACUAGUAUGAUUGAUGGGGAAUUCAAGAAAAAGAAUGUAGAUAAUGCUCUGAAGUACUUGAGCAGAAUGCAUGAUCAGGGUAUUAGGCAUGAUGUCACUGCUUAUGGGGCUAUUGUAUCUGGGCUAUGCAAUAUGAAUAGGCUGGAUAGUGCAGUUGAAGUUAAAAAAGCUAUGAUGGAUUACGGAGUGGCACCUGAUGGUGUCAUAUUUGCUACUCUUAUGCAUGCUUAUUUCAAGGCUGGAAAUGUGGAAGCAGCAAUGAAUGAAUACGAGGAAUCGCUGGCUCGAGGUUUUCAACCCGAUGUUGUUACUCUUACAUCCUUAAUAGAUGGCCUCUGCAAGAAUGGGCUUCUUGACGAAGCAAAACUGCAUUUUAGCAAAGAAAAUGCUGAUGAAAUUUCAUACAAUGUCCUAAUUCAUGGCAUGUGCAAAGAGGGGGAAUUGAGCCAAGUUGAGAUGGUCUAUAGAGAAAUGACCGACGCUGGAUUUGUUCCUAAUAAGUAUUUUUACACUACUUGGAUUGCAGGGCUUUGCAAGCAAGGAAACCUUGUAGAAGCAUUCAGGCUUCAGAAACAGAUGGUUAAAGAGGGUAUUCCGCCUAAUUUGUUUGCAUACAGUUCCUUGAUUUUUGGAUUAACCAACAAAGGAUUCAUGAUUGAAGCAAAACAAGUGUUUGAUGACAUGUUGAAAAAGGGAAUAAGUCCUAAUCAUGUAGUUUAUGAUAUAUUAAUUAGAGGAUAUGUUACGGAGGGCAAUCAACCUGCUAUUUCAUGUUUAAUUGAUGAGAUGAGAAUCAGAGGACUGCUCUCAGAUGAUGAAUGCAAUCAGAAGUACAUGUUACAUGAUUGCAGAUAGCAGUUGAUUGGAAUUCUGUCAAGAAAGGUAUAAUCUUGAGCCAAAUGUUGUGCUGAACCAACUACAAAGCCUGUAAUGCUUGAGACUCUGUUUUGACGGUGCUUGCUUGCUUGAAGCAUGUUUGCUGCUCAUUUAAGACGAGAGAAAGUGUAAAUCAGUGGGUUGCAAAUACUAGAACCGCAUCCAAAGCAAUUGGAGUACUAGUGGAUUGUUUCUGUACAUUAGACUAGUAGAAAUCCUUCCUUACCAUGAAUGAAAAUAUAUGGCCAUUUUUUGGCGACUUGAUUAUGGGAAAGAACUUCAAUUUAAAACAAUUAAAUUGCAACU